GCGCAGAGGCUUGGGGCAGCCGAGCUGCAGCGAGGCCGCGGCGCUGGGGGCGAGCUGAGCGGCGGCAGCGGAGCUCUGUCGCGAGACGCAGCGACAAGGCAGACUAUUCAGCGGACUCACCAGCCAGGGAGUCUGUGCUCUGGGAUUUGAUAUUCAAACCUCUUUUUUUUUUUUUCUUUCUUAAACUGUAUUGUUUUACGCUUUAAUUUAUUUUUGCUUCCUAUUCCCCUCUUAAAUCGUGCCAACGGUUUGAGGAGGUUGCUCUUUCACUCCCUCAAAUCACUUCGGAUUUUGGAAAUCAGCAGAGGAAAAGAGGUAGCAGGAGCUCCAGAGAGAAGUCAAGGAAGAGAGAGAGAGAGACCGGUCAGAGAGAGCGCGCUGGCGAGCCAACAGAGAGAGGGACAGGGGCAAAGUGACUGACCUGCUUUUGGGGGUGACCGCCAGAGCGCGGCGUGAGCCCUCCCCCUUGGGAUCUUGCAUCGGACCAGUCGCGCUGACGGACAGACAGACAGACACCGCCCCCAGCCCCAGCGCCCACCUCCUCGCCGGCGGGCUGCCGACGGUGGACGCGGCGGCGAGCCGCGAGGAACCGAAGCCCGCGCCCGGAGGCGGGGUGGAGGGGGUCGGGGCUCGCGGGAUUGCACGGAAACUUUUCGUCCAACUUCUGGGCUCUUCUCUCUCCGGAGUAGCCGUGGUCUGCGCCGCAGGAGACAAACCGAUCGGAGCUGGGAGAAGUGCUAGCUCGGGCCUGGAGAAGCCGGGGCCCGAGAAGAGAGGGGAGGAAGAGAAGGAAGAGGAGAGGGGGCCGCAGUGGGCGCUCGGCUCUCAGGAGCCGAGCUCAUGGACGGGUGAGGCGGCCGUGUGCGCAGACAGUGCUCCAGCCGCGCGCGCGCCCCAGGCCCCGGCCCGGGCCUCGGUUCCAGAAGGGAGAGGAGCCCGCCAAGGCGCGCAAGAGAGCGGGCUGCCUCGCAGUCCGAGCCGGAGAGGGAGCGCGAGCCGCGCCGGCCCCGGACGGGCCUCCGAAACCAUGAACUUUCUGCUCUCUUGGGUGCACUGGACCCUGGCUUUACUGCUGUACCUCCACCAUGCCAAGUGGUCCCAGGCUGCACCCACAACAGAAGGAGAGCUGAAGGCCCAUGAAGUGGUAAAGUUCAUGGACGUCUACCAGCGAAGCUACUGCCGUCCGAUUGAGACCCUGGUGGACAUCUUCCAGGAGUAUCCCGACGAGAUAGAGUACAUCUUCAAGCCGUCCUGUGUGCCGCUGAUGCGCUGUGCAGGCUGCUGUAACGACGAAGCCCUGGAGUGUGUGCCCACGUCAGAGAGCAACAUCACCAUGCAGAUCAUGCGGAUCAAACCUCACCAAAGCCAGCACAUAGGAGAGAUGAGCUUCCUACAGCACAGCAGAUGUGAAUGCAGACCAAAGAAAGAUAGAACAAAGCCAGAAAAAAAAUCAGUUCGAGGAAAGGGAAAGGGUCAAAAACGAAAGCGCAAGAAAUCCCGGUUUAAAUCCUGGAGCGUUCACUGUGAGCCUUGUUCAGAGCGGAGAAAGCAUUUGUUUGUCCAAGAUCCGCAGACGUGUAAAUGUUCCUGCAAAAACACAGACUCGCGUUGCAAGGCGAGGCAGCUUGAGUUAAACGAACGUACUUGCAGAUGUGACAAGCCAAGGCGGUGAGCCAGGCUGAAGGAAGGAGCCUCCCUCAGGGUUUCGGGAACCAGACCUCUCACCGGAAAGACCGAUUAACCAUGUCACCACCACGCCAUCAUUGUCACCGUUGACAGAACAGUCCUUAAUCCAGAAAGCCUGACAUGAAGGAAGAGGAGACUCUUCGAGGAGCACUUUGGGUCCGGAGGGCGAGACUCCGGCAGACGCAUUCCCGGGCAGGUGACCAAGCAUGGUCCCUCGUGGAACUGGAUUCGCCAUUUUCUUAUAUCUGCUGCUAAAUCGCCAAGCCCGGAAGAUUAGGGUUGUUUCUGGGAUUCCUGUAGACACACCCACCCACAUACACACACAUAUAUAUAUAUUAUAUAUAUAAAUAAAUAUAUAUGUUUUAUAUAUAAAAUAUAUAUAUAUUCUUUUUUUUUAAAUUAACUCUGCUAAUGUUAUUGGUGUCUUCACUGGAUAUGUUUGACUGCUGUGGACUUGAGUAGGGAGGAGAAUGUCCUCACUCGGAUCCCGACACGGGAGACAAUGGGAUGAAAGGCUCCGGUGUGGUCUUUCGUCCUUCUUAGAGAGGCCGAAGUCCGUUUGCCUGCCGGGGAGCAAGCAAGGCCAGGGCACGGGGGCACACUGGCUCACUUCCAGAAACACGACAAACCCAUCCCUGGCCCUGAGUCAAGAGGACAGAGAGACAGAUGAUGACAGAGAAAGAGAUAAAGAUGCCGGUUCCAACCAGAAGUUUGGGGAGCCUCGGGACAUGGCAUGCUUUGUGGAUCCCCACUAUAGUCUACAAAAGCACCCUGCCCCUCUGGGGCACUGCCUGGAAGAAUCAGGAGCCUGGCCAGCCUUCAGCUUGAUCCUCCACUUCUGAGGGGCCUAGGAGGCCUCCCACAGGUGUCCCGGCAAGAGAAGACACAGUGGUGGGAGAAGAGGCCUGGUAAUGGCCCCUCCUCCUGGGAACCCCCCAUCCUCUCCCUACCCCACUUCCUGGGGACAGCCCAGGAGGACCUUGUGUGAUCAGACCAUUGAAACCACUAAUUCUGUCCCCAGGAGACUUGGCUGUGUGUGCGAGUGGCUAACCCUUCCCCGUCUUCCCUUCCCAAGGCACAGAGCGAUGGGGCAGGGCCCGAAAGCCCCUCACGGAGGCAGAGAAGAGAAAGCGUUUUAUAUGCGGUACUUAUUUAAUAGCCCUUUUUAAUUAGAAAUUAAAACAGUUAAUUUAAUUAAAGAGUAGGGUUUUUUCAGUAUUCUUGGUUAAUAUUUAAUUUCAACUAUUUAUGAGAUAUAUCUCUCGCUCUCUCUUAUUUGUACUUUUUUUUUUUUUUUUUUUGUGUGUGUGUGUGUGUGUGUAUGAAAUCUGUGUUUCCAAUCUCUCUCCCAGAUCGGUGACAGUCACUAGCUUGUCCUGAGAAGAUAUUUAAUUUUGCUAACACUCGGCUCUGCCCUCCCCUGUCCCCACCACACAUUCCUUUGAAAUAAGGUUUCAAUAUACAUUUACAUACUAUAUAUAUAUUUGGCAACUUGUGUUUGUAUAUAAAUAUAUAUAUAUAUAUAUGUUUAUGUAUAUAUGUGAUUCUGAUAAAGUAGACAUCACUAUCUGUUUUUUAUAUGUAAAAACAAAACAAGAAAAAAUAGAGAAUUCUACAUACUAAAUCUCUCUCCUUUUUUAAUUUUAAUAUUUGUUAUCAUUUAUUUAUUGGUGCUACUGUUUAUCCGUAAUAAUUGUGGGGGAAAAAGAUAUUAACAUCACGUCUUUGUCUCUAGAGCAGUUUUCCGAGAUAUUCCGUAGUACAUAUUUAUUUUUAAACAGCAACAAAGAAAUACAGAUAUAUCUUAAAAAAAAAAAAAAAAAAAAGCAUUUUGUAUUAAAGAAUUGAAUUCUGAUCUCAAA